UAGCUUACCUGUUUUUAUUUCGUUUUUAGCAUUUAAAACAUAAAAUUGUUCCUAGCGCACGCGUCUUUGAUAGCAAUCCGCCGGCAACUGGUUAGGAAGCGACGCUACACAAAACGAUUCUUUUAGACUCUGUUGCACGGCUUGGCAACGUCGCGUUAUUUUAAUAAGUUUGUGAUUCAUUUAGUACCCCUGGUUCAAUGAUGACCACCGUACCCUACAUUAAUAUUUGCAAACAGAAAUUGCAAAAAGAUAAAGAAAAAAACUAAGUACUAGAUCAAUAUUGAUCUAGAUAGCCCCAUCUAAUAUUUACUUUAAUAUCUUCCAUAGUUGCAGUAUCAUAUAAAAGACGUUUUUACGUGUAAUUGCAUUAGUUUAUCUUCAGUUCUACAUAACAUUACCGAAAUAACAAGAUGAAGUCGUCAGUUACUUUAGUACUCGCUGUGGCGGUGUUCAGCACACUAUUCUUGGGAUCUUCCGGUGCUUCAGUAGGCGCUGGUCUAAAAUUAGACCUUGGAAUCAUAGACAAACUACUCGAAGGAAUUGAUGGUAUCCUUGGUAACCUCAUCAAAGGUGUCGCAGGAGUGGUUGACAAAGUUGGAGACACUACUAACGGCGCCUUAAAUGGUGUAAAUGAUCUUUUGAAAAAUGCCACUGGUGAAACUGCAGAUCUCCUGAAUGAAACUAAAGACGUUCUAAGUAAAAUACCAGCGCUUGUAAACGAAACAUCAGCAGCUCUUUCAGAAGCAAUCAAAAGCAAUACUACUGAAGCUUGGAAUAAAGUAAACGAUUGGGUCAAGAAAAUUACUAGCACUGUUGAUGAACUCCAGCAACUGCAAGUGAAAAUUGAAGCAAAUGCAAACCUUGGAAUUCUUGGCAAAGAAAUAGGUUCUGUUGUUUCCGGGUUGACUGAAUUGUCGAGUAAAAUAGUGAACGUCCAGGCUUCAGUCUCUGGUGGAAAAACCGCUUAAGAUACAAGGUACCAAGGAACUCAAAUGCAUUGCACACAACACGACCCUUCGAUGCCCCAAACGCAGACGUCCGAAAAAUGUGCCGAUUUGACGAAAGUCGAUG